CCUUCUUUCACAAGAUGGCCGAGUGCAUGGAGGUAGGUGCUGGAGGGCGGCUUUGAGGACCGCGGGGUCGAAGACGAGUGUGGAGGUCCAGGUGUCUUCACUCCCUAGUGGUCCGGAUGGCAGUGCACCAAUCAAGGCUGAUGCAGAGGACAUGACCUCUAAGGAUUAUUACUUUGACUCCUAUGCACACUUCGGAAUUCAUGAGGAAAUGUUGAAGGAUGAAGUUCGCACUUUGACCUACAGAAACUCCAUGUACCACAACAAACAUCUCUUCAAGGACAAAAUCGUCCUAGAUGUGGGAAGUGGAACUGGAAUCCUUUGUAUGUUUGCUGCCAAAGCUGGUGCCAAGAAAGUUAUUGGGAUCGAGUGCUCCAACAUCUCUGAAUAUGCUGAAAAGAUCAUUAAAGCCAAUAAUUUAGACCAUGUUAUCACCAUCAUCAAGGGCAAGGUAGAGGAGGUGGAACUUCCUGUGGAGAAGGUGGACAUAAUCAUCAGUGAAUGGAUGGGCUACUGCCUCUUUUAUGAAUCAAUGCUGAACACAGUCAUCUACGCAAGGGACAAAUGGCUGCAUCCAGACGGCCUGAUUUUCCCAGAUCGAGCUGCUCUCUAUGUCACAGCCAUUGAAGACAGGCAGUACAAGGACUACAAGAUACACUGGUGGGAGAACGUGUAUGGUUUCGACAUGUCCUGUAUCAAGGAUGUGGCCAUCAAAGAGCCACUGGUGGAUGUAGUGGAUCCCAAGCAGCUGGUGACCAAUGCCUGUCUGAUCAAGGAAGUGGACAUUUACACAGUGAAAGUUGACGAUCUGUCAUUCACGUCACCUUUCUGCCUACAAGUCAUUCGCAACGACUACAUCCAUGCGCUGGUAGCAUACUUCAAUAUUGAGUUCACCCGAUGUCACAAGAGAACAGGAUUCUCCACAGCACCUGAUGCUCCUUACACACACUGGAAGCAAACCGUUUUCUAUAUGGAGGACUACUUGACAGUCAAGCGAGGCGAGGAGAUCUUUGGAACGGUCAGCAUGAAGCCUAACACCAAGAACACUCGGGACCUCGAUUUCACCGUUGACAUUGAAUUCAAGGGACAACUGUGUGAGAUGUCUGGAUCCAUUGACUACAAGAUGCGCUAGAACCAGUUUCACUCCAACCCCUGCUCCUCCAGCUGUGUGCACCGUCCUCACCCCUCCAUUCAGUCACCAGUGUGACCUCUGUAGUGUGCUAUAUAUAGAUAACAUUGUUUUCAGGAUUUAUAAAGUUAAUUGGUUGUGCAACUGACUGCUCCUCUCCUCGAUCACUUGAAGUAAGUUAGCAUGGCAUAUGAGCUGGGAGGAGGGAGGAAGGCAUCUAGAAUAAUUUUACUUAUAAACAGUUGCCACUUGUGCUAUUACAGAACCAUUCUUAAGCUGCUGUACUGAUGUGUUUUUCUUCAAAGAGCAGAGAUAUUCUAAUGUUAAUCCCUGUUAAUCAUCUAUAUCUACCUUAGCAGGGAAGAUUUAAGAUAUGAAUAACUUUUGUUUUGCAUAUUUUGUUAAAGAAUGGUACUUUACAUUUAUGCUUGUUCCCUAAUUUGGCAAAUCAUCCUGUAGUCAGCAAUGUGAUUCUAACCUGACUUUAAGUGCUUCUUCUGCAGUUUUUUAAAUUUAAUUUUGGGACCUCGUUCUUGACUGUAGAAUUCUUUUUGGCGUGCGUGGAAUGCAUCUCCGUGGUGGAAAUACUUCAAAAACUGUUGUUACAGUAUAACCCUUCAGAAAAUGGGUUCAAGAAUUGGCAUGGAGAUUGCACACCCCACAUCCAAUGAAGACAUUUGGGUUGAGUGCACUCUUGGGGUGAUGGACUGGAGAUUAUUUUCAAUCUUAAUCAUGUGGGAAGUUUAAGAUGAAGUAACCGUCCCCAUUGUGCCCACUUUGCAACUCGUCCCGGACCCUGUGGGUGCAGGUUUCCUGAUCCCACUGAUAUGUAAAUCCCAUCACCAAGAGUGUGCCUGAGUCAUGCUUCUAUGUUUAAGCUGAAACUACAGCUGGUGGUGAUCAAUCUGCAAGAUACAGAUGUUUUGGGUUACUGAAUUGAGGUUCUGGUUAAACAUCUUCAGGUUUUGUUUUGUAGAAAUUGAACUCUGAAAAGGUCAUUCUUUGGGGUUAUCGUGUCUGUGGCAUUUGAAGCUGGAAGCUCACUGCUGAGUCCUUAAUCUCAGCACGAUUGCUUUUCUGUAUUUCCUAUUGCUUACCCUUUUUGUCCUAAAAUUAAGUCUUUUUAUAUCGUGUUCGAUCAAUCUUUCCAUUCAUUAAAUUGACAACAUUUUGAGGUUUCAGUCCUCCACCUUGAGUUGCAAAGAACUAUAUUCAAUGUGUUAACUUUUUUGUUCUUUGAGCAGUUGCUAUGUAACCUUUUUAGUGGGAAGUACUCAAUGGCUUGAGUUUGCUGCUUCACCUCUGUAGCUGCUGCUCAUUUAUCCUCUGCAUGAGGCUCUAUGUAAAUGCUUCCAUUGCAUGUAGAGUCUCCAGGUCUGAACACAUGUGUCAAAGGUUUGUGACAGCCUGGUUAACUUCCACACUGCAAGAAUCCAUGUUAACUGUGAAACUUGGCAGAGCCAAGUCAUUAAAGCUCUGUAACCUUGCCGGUCCUGUUGAACAACUACCUUGCAAAGACACUCUAAUUGUGAAUGUGCUGUGCAGUAAGAAAUUUUGGGAAAUUGUUCUGAAACUUGGGGACUUUUGAACCUGCUCUGAGAGGCUGUGUGUAAACAUCACUGACUGACUGACUAGUGAUACCCACUGUGCCUAGUUUGCGAUUGCCACUAUCUGAAUUUGUUCCUUUAGAAUUUGAGCAGAGUAUUUGUGCUCUCCUGACUGAGGAAGAAAAGUAUCUGGAGGGCAGUAACUUUGUUGUCUUCUUACUGUUUCUCCCCCUGCCAGUCUCAACACCAUCUUCUGUUUGGCAGGUAAUGGUUUUGUACCAGAUGGGAAUUUGAAUGGACACUUGCAGGCUGGUGUGGCUCCAUACAUUACAAUCCUGGUGCACUGGGAAUCAUUGUUUCAUAAACACUAUCUUAAACAGUUGUUUGUUUGAGCAAACUCUGACCUCAGUGAGGCAACAUUCAGUUUCAAAGAGGAGUGGUAACUUGUAAAUCUUGUGCUGUGCGCAACCAUCUUUUGGCUGAAAACACUAAUCUUUUGUUUUACUCCUUCGAUUGACUUGCACUGUUGCGAUGCUAGAUUCUCCAUUGUUUGACCAUGCACUUAAAGCACACACUUCCAGAUAUGUUAUUUUCUUGGUGUUGGGGGACGGGGAUUUGUUUGAGUGUCUUGCCAGGGUAAUAAAUGUUGCUGAUAACUGAUCCCCCGUUUUGCUCUCUAUCUUUCUCUCUCUACCCCUUCUAUCCAUAGCAAGUUUUGUAUCUAAUUUGAGUUCCAUACCAGUGUUGCUCAGUGUUAUGUUAACUAGUGCACAGAACCAUUACCCACUGAGACUGCCAAUUACAAAAUGCCAUCUAAUAUAUUAGUGGCACUGUCAUCUAUAUCUGCAUUGUUCAAGUCUAUGAAAUUGUCUACAGCUGUGGGAGGGAUAGAAGUUAUUUGGCUGCAUUCUUCAUUGCCUGUCCAGCCUGUUUGGUUAGGGUUGCUUAUCAAGUCUGAAAACUAAAGACAAGGCUAUGCUUGGAAUCUGAGUGCUGUCUCGCUAUACUAGCUUUUUUGAUGUGGAGAUGGUGUUUCAGUUGAGGACAGUACAAUACAAUAUUCAAGGGCUGUGAUUAAGCUUUGAUCUAACUGAACAGCAUAUCUGCUAUGGCAGAAAUGUUAACUUUUCUUAUGUGCUUUUUUUCCCUCACAUUUGAACGUACCCCCCCACCUUAAAUUGGGACUGUGUUGGCCUGCAGCUACUGACACUUGCUGACUGGCUGCUUUUUUCCUGUUACUGAGCCAAGGCCUGGUUGGUUGCUGCAAUUGCCGUCCUACCUGCAGUUCUUUGAGACAAGGAUCAUCCCAUCUGACUGCUGCUCAGCAGCAGAGCCAUUGCACCAGUGACUGUUCUGCUGACAUGCCUUAGGUUUUCUUUGGGCAGGAGGGAGGGCUUGUUUUUUUGCACCCCCUUAUUAAAGGGACAGUUAUAUUUCUGAAGCUUUGUUACAGCCCUGACUUAUACCUAAAAUUGAUCUUUUUAAAAAGAGUAUUAGUGUACAUUGAGACUGCCAUGUUGGUCUUCUAAACCCCUAAGUACUGACUGGCAAACAUUGUGACUGUGUAGUAAAUUAUGCUUUGUUUUUUUAUAUAUGGUGACAUUCAUUGAGAAUAAAAGUUUGUCUUUA